GUCGGCGUUCGAUUGAAGUCGACGUGGACGCGACUUGUGGCUUGUUAUCGGGAAGAUCAUCGAAGCAUGCACCCCGACCUCGGCGGCCUCUACAAGACGCCCGUGACCUAUGCGUACCUGUGCGGCACGGGCCUUGCGUCCGGGGCCGCGCUCUUCCUCGACCGCGCCCAUGACCUGCCACUCGAUCUCACGAUGGUGACCCGCUACGGCCAGUACUGGCGGCUCCUCACGUGCCACUUUGGCUUCCAGAGUGGCAUGUCGGUGGCCUUUGGCAUCUACCUCAUCUUUCACUGCCGCCUCAUCGAGCGCCAGUUUGGCUCCAAGAAGUUUGGCAGCUUUGUCGUUCUCGUGCUCCUCCUCUCGACGCUACUGCAAGCUGCGUGCUUGAAGGCCAAGGUGCUGCCAUCGAUCGCGAGCGGCCCGUAUGCGUUCAUUGGCGCGCUCAUGGUCGUCUUCUACGGCAAUGUGCCCAAGCUGCAGCCCGAGCUCUUUAGCGCGAUGGGUCUUCACCUCUCGGAGAAAGCAUCGACGUACUUUAUGAUGAUCUUGGUGUGCUUGCGCGGCCUCGACUCGGCGCUUCCGUUUGGCACUGGCGUGCUUGUCGGCGCCUUGUACCAGACGACGCCGCUCUCCAAGUUUCGUCUCCCGAGCUUUCUCGUGUGGUUUUUCGAGCUCUUCGAUGCGAUCUUUGCCGUCGUGCCCAUGAGUGUGGCUGCGCAGCAGCGCCAGCGCCAGCUCCAAGAAGCACAGCGCCGUCACGGCCACGCCCCCGCUCCGAACGGGCAAGGGUUCCGUGACCAGCUCUUGCCGGGCAUGGGCGGUGGCAUGCCGAUGCCGGUUGCGGCGCCGCCGUCUGAUGCGGCCAUCGCGACGCUCACGGCGCUCGGGUUUGAACGGGACCAAGCGAUCGCGGCGCUGCGUGCGGCCGACAACAACGUCGAGGCGGCCGCCAACCGUCUGCUCAACGGCAUGUAA